AUGGAGCCACUGCAGCACCGCGCGCCAAAGGCAAAGCGGCAGCCAAACCAAGAGUACGCAAUGCCGUUGCCGAUUGCAGCUGCGGCGCUCGAGAUUGCAAGGCGCUUUCGGGACGGGCAGGCUCAGAGCCAGAGCCAGAGCCAGAGCCAGAGCCAGAGCCAGAGCGAGAGAUCGUCCUGCCUGGAGCAAGACCACCGAGCCCCGCACGCGACAGACAAGCAAGAUCCAGCAUACGAAGAGUCCAAGACAGCGACUUGUCCAACCGCGACGCUCGUGGUGGCCGGGCAAGGCUCGCUCGACGUUGCCAAUGCAAAGCAAGCAGACUUGACGCUUGCUGAUCUGCCCGCCGCAGAGCGAACCGAUGGAACAGAGCUGUUAGUACAAGCCGCAGGCAAUCCAGAGUCAGACUGGCCACGGUUUCGAGGCGUAUUCCAAGGCUACUGCGUCGCAGUGUCGGAUCCGGCCGCAAUGAGCCGAUUGUACCAACAAGGAUUCUUUGGCAAGGGCUCCCUUUCCAAGUACGAGCCAGACUUUCACGAGAUGGUGCGGAAGAUUAGCAAUGGCGUAUAUAGCAAGCCAGCAAUGACGGCCAAACAACGACAGGCCGAACGGAAGUCGAAACGUGACAAGCAACGAAAGGCCAAGUUCGAUGUGAUUGCGGCCAAAGCAGCCAAAAAGCAGCAGUCGCACGAGCAGCGAUUGGCUUCCCGCAUCGCCAGUGGUUUGCAAGUGAACAAUCGACGCGCAAAGACAGAGCUACGAUUGAAGCGACGAGCCGAGGCCUCUGCAGCAGCGUCAGGCAGCGCAGCGGUUACCGAAGGAGCUGAGGCCAUGAAAACCGACGACGAUUCGAGCCUCCCCGUGUCCGAUGACGACCUCACCAAGGCGGACGAGCUAGGCGAGGAUAUGGAAGAAGAAGAAGAAGAAGACGAAGAAGAGAUGGUGUCAGAGUCACAAGCAACACAAGUGCCGCUUUCGUCACAGCCAACUUCCGAUGCCGCAUCCAACCUCGAGCCAGCACAACCAAUCCCUCCAACCAAAGUCUAUCAGCAUGCAUGGGCACACUUGGGAGUUCCAGAUGACACAUGGCCGACAGAGCAUUUGCAGCUGGCUCUCGAAGAAGCCAUGUUCUUGCAGUUUGCCCUUGGCUGCUUGGACGUUUGUAACGAAAAUGGGAACAUCCUAUCCAUCGAUGAAUUUUGGGCUGUGUGUCGCGCUACCGAACCACGGUUUGUCGAACGUUAUGUUGCGUAUCACUACUGCCGCUCGAAGGGCUGGGUUCCUCGACCAGGAUUAAAGUAUGGCGUCGAAUUCGUUUUGUACCGCCGAGGACCCGUGUUUUUCCAUUCAAACUUUACAGUCGCCAUCCAGCUGCUGCACGAAGACACUCUGGUGCCAGUGUCACUUGAUAGUGCGCCAUACGAGGAUGCAGAAGCUGCUGUUGAUUCCUACAAACCGUUUGCGUUUCACAACCAUUUCGAUCCCCGCGCCUCGAUGGAUAUGCGGUUUGCCACGUGGCCUACACUGUUGGCACUAGCUCGUACAACCGACCAAGUGAAGAAGGAAACGCUACUCGUUAAUGUGCUCAAACCGCGCGAUAUGGAUGAGCAAGAAUUGGCCUCUCCGUUAUGCAUUAGUCGACUCCAAGUCCGUGAAGUCUUAUUGCGAAGAUUUGUCCCCGAGCAGGAGCUUUGAGCGAGUCCGGUGCACAUGCUGAAAUGUUCAACUGCUUGUACACCGAAAACGCAAAGCGCUGAUCGAAGUUAUGAGACAAUGCUAAAAUCCAUUUCACUAUCAAGGCCCAACCAAUAUGUUCGAACAAAUAAGCAUCGCGAGCAAGUGGAAGAUCACCCAAGCCGCUUUCUUCACUCACUGAUGACACAAAGAAAAC